CCCCAUUGAAAUGACAAUAUUAUCACUAUCAGCCUUAUUUUGCUCUCCAAUUAGAGCUCUCUAGAGCCUCAUCCUCCUCCAGUCCUCCUCCGCAACCAAAACCCCAACACAUUCUCUCCCUCUCACUUCUCAGAGAGAGAGAGAGAGAGUCUGUGACCUAAGAGUUACUGAGAUUCAACGAAACAAAGAGCAAAGCCAAACACAGAAGUUCAUCAGGCGUAAACUCAUAAAUAGUUCUUUUUAGCCAACAAAAUUGAUGGCAAUUUCACCUUGUGGAAGUACAUGGGUUGCUCAAUGGGGAAUUCGCCCUCAGUGUAUGCUGGGGUCUUAUGUCACAAACAAGAUUCCAACAUCCCGAUAUUGUACUACAAGCAGUAUAAGCUUUUUGUCGGCACCAAGUUCAAGCUUAUUUUCUCGCGGUUCCUUCCCUGUGGUAUCGUAUCCAGGGUCAUCUCAAACUUCACAACGUCGUAGGGGUGCACGUUUCACAGUUAGAGCAGAUUCUGAUUUCUAUUCUCUUCUUGGGGUGUCAAGAAAUGCCAGUAAAUCUGAAAUUAAAAGCGCUUAUCGGAAGCUUGCUAGGAGUUAUCACCCAGAUGUGAACAAAGAACCUGGGGCAGAGCAAAAAUUCAAGGAUAUUAGCAAUGCAUAUGAGGUUCUGUCUGAUGAUGAGAAACGAUCCUUAUAUGACAGAUAUGGAGAGGCUGGACUGAAAGCUGGUCCGGGCUUUAAUGAUUUCAGCAAUCCCUUUGAUCUGUUUGAGUCGUUAUUUGAAGGCAUAAAUCAGGGGGGAAGACCUUCUAGGAAUAGAGCAGUUGAUGGUCAGGAUGAGUAUUACAAUCUUGUCUUAAACUUUAAGGAAGCAGUUUUUGGGGUUGAGAAAGAGAUUGAGAUAAGCCGACUAGAGAGCUGUGGGACUUGCAAUGGUUCAGGUGCUAAACCAGGGACCAAUCCAUCCAAAUGUAGCACUUGUGGUGGGCAAGGACAGGUUGUCUCAUCAGCGAGGACCCCGUUAGGUGUCUUCCAGCAGGUAAUGACCUGCUCUUCUUGUGGUGGGACUGGGGAAAUAUCCACCCCUUGCAACACGUGUUCUGGGGAUGGUCGGGUAAGAAGGACAAAACGGAUAAGUCUGAAAGUUCCUGCUGGUGUGGACUCUGGUAGCCGUUUAAGGGUCCGAAAUGAAGGAAAUGCUGGAAGACGAGGUGGGGCUCCUGGUGACCUCUUCGUAAUUAUUGAAGUUAUGCCAGACCCUGUCCUUAAACGUGAUGACACCAACAUUUUGUAUACCUGCAAGGUUUCCUACAUUGACGCGAUCUUGGGAACUACAAUCAAGGUUCCGACAGUGGAUGGUGUGGUUGAUUUGAAGAUUCCGGCUGGUACCCAACCAAACACGACUCUUGUAAUGGCCAAGAAAGGUGUUCCUCUAUUGAAUAAGAGCAACAUGAGGGGCGAUCAGUUGGUUCGCGUGCAGAUUGAAAUCCCAAAGAGAUUGAGCUCUGAUGAGAGAAAGCUCAUUGAAGAACUCGCUGAUCUAAGCAAGGGCAAGACUGCAAGCAGUAGGAGAUAGUUGUCUGUGGCAUCAUUUUGCAUUUAUCUGUUUAUUGCUGAUCUCAUCAGUUAUAUUCUCCUUUGUGGGUCCAACUUUGUUGAACCUUGAUGCAUAUUAAGGGGAAUUCAGCAGUUCUCAGGACUCUGGAAAGGGCGAGAGCACGUGUUUGUAGUUGUAGGUAAAUUAUAUUUUGUGAUAAUUUUUCCCCCACAUAAGUUAUCUUAAAUGACAGGAGGUAGAAAAAGAGGUGAAAAUUGAGGAUCCAUUACUCUUUCAUCAUCUAUAUUUAAACAUAGAACUUAUUCUUUGGGAUUGAACAUAAAUUUCAGCUACAUUUUGUAGUC